UUAUCGCAGCAAGUGGAUACAAGUGUACAUACAUUUUUAUGUUUUAGUUGCUCUUCAGAGUUCGUAUAGAUUGCUUCGAUUUUUCAAGUUUCUGUUGGAAAAUAAUUAAUUAUGGAGAUUUCAAAUAAAGUUAUUAUUAUUACUGGUGGAGUUGGUGGUAUGGGAUUCGAAACUGCGAAGGCCUUACUGAAUCACGGGGCUAAGUUUGUUGCGUUGUUUGAUUUAACCGAAACCGACGGCCAAAGUGCAAUUGAAAAACUAGAUAAAGAGUUCGGGAAGGGACGCGCUGGUUUCUAUCCUGGCGAUAUCGUUAUUGACAGUGAAUUCGAAGAUAAUUUUAAUCGUAUAAUCAAAGAUCAUGGCAGUAUUGAUGUUUUGAUAAACAAUGCAGGGAUUGCAAACGAACAAAACAUAGAACGUUUAGUAAAUGUUAACGUGAAAGCCGUCUUGAACUCCAGUUUAUUGGCUCUAAAUCACAUGGGAAAACAUAAAGGCGGUAAAGGAGGAGCAAUUGUUAACGUAAAUGCUAUCUUAGGUCUCAUUGAUUGUCCAAUUUUACCAUUUUAUAGUGCUACAAAGCAUGCUAUUAUUGGCUUCACAAGAUGCAUGAAGGAGAAUUUUGCAACAACCGGAGUUCGCGUGAUGUCGGUAUGCCCAGGAGUGACUAAGACGAAUCUAAUCAAAGAAAUUCCUAACCACAUUUUAGAUUUUGUUACCGAUAACUUGAAAGACAAGGCUUUGAAUGAAGUACCUGUACAAUCGCCCAAAAGUGUUGGGUCUGCCAUAACGGAAAUUAUUCAAAAAGGAGAAUGCGGAGCUGUUUGGGUCGUAGAGAACGACAAAAAACCUUUAGUAAUCAAACCAUGCGAUCAUUAUAUCAGAAUGGGUACUCCCGUUGAUAAGUGAAGCAAGUUGCGUAUAUUUACUUGUAUUUUAAUUUGCUUACACAGCAUAAGGAGACAAUAUUACACAUGAGCACAAAGCGUGCAGACAUGUCCGGCGCUGCCAAGGAUGCAUUUUAUAGGUCCGAUGCCUUUUAUAGUCGGCGAGUGGCUGAUGUCCGUGCGAACUGCUUUAAAGAAACUACUUGGCCCAGUGGAUGAGGAAUCCUGUGCAAUUAAAGGCUUAUUGCUUGCAUAUCUCCGAAUCGAUUCGCCAUUAAGAGUCUACGUGUAUAAGUGUGUUGGCAAACACAGCAAUAAAGACUUCUUCUAGAUGACAAAUGAAUGGUCCCGCCAAUUUAAUUAAAAACUGUCAUUGUUAAAUGGAUACUAUUAAAUCGAUGAAAGAAGUUUUUAAACAGUUUGUUUUCUCAAGUUUGAGCUUGCAUAUUACGUUGCAUGUAUUGCGCUUUUAUUAUAAUGACAUAAUUAUGUUCUAAGCAGUGUAAUCUGCGUAAUAUUUUACAUUUUUAUAUUCAGAAAUGAACAAUGUUAGUGUUAUAAUUUGAGUAAAAAUGUUUGUAACAAAA